CUUUUUUGGAGGACCUAAUUGCAUAAAGAGAAAAAUGUUUAACCUUUACAAUAGCAUUGAAACGACGUCGUUAUUGAGCACUCCCACAGAACAAAACUCCUUUCUUCUCACUUCCAAUCUCCGCCCGAAAUCCCCUAGACAAAGCGCCAUCAUGCCCUUGACCACCAUGCUGCGCCACCGUCUCUUCUCCCGGGCCGCCUCCAGCCACGCCGGUCCCAGCCGAUGGACGUCGCCGGGGCACCAGGAGCGGCCUAAUGGCUACCUCUUCAAUCGAACACCACUGCCUCCCGGCCAAUCCCGCAAAUGGGAAGAUUGGGAGCUGCCUUGCUACAUCACCAGCUUCCUCACGAUCGUAAUCCUGGGAGUAGGUCUCAACGCGAAGCCCGAUCUCACCAUCGAGACCUGGGCCCACAAGAAGGCGCUCGAGAAGCUCGCUGCCGAAUCGUCGUCUUCCGAUUGAGAUUGUUCUCUACUUUCUCGGAUGCAUCCUCGGAUGAAUUGAGUAUGGAUCCAUGGGACUUACUUCUUUUUGUUGAUAAUUGUAGUUGGAAUAAGGGUUUUCUGAAUAUUGUGGGAUUUGGUACUUCGUUGAUUUACUGCCUAAAUUUUGUUAAUUUCAAUGUUUUAAUUGGGUUUAUCCUUCCAAUAUAGACAAAUUGUUGGCUAAUCUGAGGUCUAAUCCAGUGUUUCUUUCC